CGAACGGCCAGCUGUUUCCCGCGUUUUUGAACCAGUUGUGGGUCACACUGCGACAUUGUGCAAAAAUUGCAAACAAAAAGAAAGGAACGCGCAAAAUGCAGCACGCUACGGCCAACUAGAAGCCGCCACAGCAAACAGACCAACGACCAAUAACCAUAGACAACCUGUAGAAGGAGCCGAAGCUACUCCCCUCGAUUGUCAUUCGAGUUGCGUGAUAAUUUUGGUUGCCUUUUGUUGCUGGAGCGUAAAGAUGUUCAUCCAGGACCUGAAGAAUGACUUCUAUAGGCACUUGGUGGGCAAGCGCAUCCUCAUCGUCGUCAACUACGACAUUGACGCCAUAUGCGCCAGCAAGAUCCUGCAGGCCCUCUUCCAGUACGACCACAUGCUCUACACGGUGGUCCCCAUUAUGGGCGUCACGGGCCUGCGGCGCGCCUACGGGGAACAUCAGGGAGACGUCAAGUACGUGCUGCUGGUCAACUGCGGCGGCUGCGUGGACAUCGUGGAACUGCUGCAGCCCGCGGAGGAUGUCACCUUCUUCAUCUGCGAUGCACAUCGGCCGCUGGACGUCUGCAACAUCUACAGCGAUCGGCAGGUGUGCAUUCUGGGCGAUGCCACACUGGAGGAGAACAUUCCCGCAUUCGAGACCAUUUUCCACGACUCUGACGGCGAGGAUGACGACGAGGACGAGGACCAGUCCGGCGAUGAGGGGGAGGCCCACAACGACAGCGGGGCGGGCGACUCGGACGGCGAAGAGGAGGAAAGUGCGCAUCGCGCUCCGCGGCGGCGCAAGCUAACACGCCUGGAGCGGCACGAGCAGCGCAUCCUGCGGCAGCGCGCACGCCGCCAAUGGGAGUCGGAGCGGGAUCGCAUCAUGUUCGAGUACACGCAGUUCAGCUACUACGGACGCUCCACGGCGCUGAUGAUAUUCGAGCUGGCCUGGAAGCUGUCCAAGGACAACAUGGACCUGCUCUGGUGGGCCAUCGUGGGCAUCAGCGAGCAGCUGCUGCUGGGCAAGAUCGAGAGCGGGGCCUACACACUGGAGCUGGAGCACAUCCAGUCGCAUGUCUCCCGCCUCACGAACAAGACCAACGACCAGAACACGAUGAGCGCCUCCAAGAUCAGCUUCGAGAACGAUCUGCAUCUGGUGCUGUACCGGCACUGGCCAGUUACCGACUCCAUGAGGUACUCUCGCUACGCCUCCUGCCAGCUGAAGCUGUGGACGCUGCGCGGCGAGAAGCGACUCCACGAGCUGCUGCUGGAGAUGGGUCUGCCGCUGGUGCAUGCGCGACAGACAUACAGCGCCAUGGACCUGGUGCUGCGCAAAGAGUUCUACUCGAUGGUGGAGCGGUUGGCCGAGAAGUACGAUAUACCGGACAUCGUCUACGGCACCUUCACCCUGAGCUAUGGCUACCGCAGCCGCUAUGCGGCCGCCGACUACGUCUACGCCCUGCUGGCCAUCAUGGAGUCCGUGAAGAAGCACAAGACGCCCGAGGACUGUUUCAUGGAGGCCUCCGACGCCCUCAACCGCAAGGACAAGCAGCUGCUCGGCGCGGGCAUCGACAAUGCCAAGCUGAUGCAUGCGGCCAUCUUCAGGCAGGUGCAGAGCAGCCUGGAGGCCCGCCAGGUGCACUCGGCCGGUUCCUUCUUCUACUAUGUGCUGCAGGAGGAGCACGCCUUCUUCUCCUACCCGUACGCCCUGGGCCUGCUGGCCAAGUUCAUGCUGCGCGGCCAUGUGGCCACCAGCAGGGCACGCGCCGCCCCGGACCUGCCGCUAAUCGCCACCUGUCCGCUCGACGCCACACAGGGCAUGUGCCUGCUGGUGGGCAUUGCCCCCGUUCGCGAAGACUCGCCCAAGAACUUCUUCGGCAAGGCCUUCGAGCAGGCGGCCCAGAAGAGCAAGACCACCCUGCUGCAGGACUUCUUCGAGCCAUCGGUUGUCCAGCUGCGGCAGAGCGACCUCACCCGCUUCCUCGACGCCCUCACCGUGCUGCUAACCUAGUUUUAAGCCACUCCCACAUGCUCCCUUCUGCUCAAUCAUCUUAGCCGAUAAGCCUUAGCCUUAGCAUAAUUUAUAAACGACAAAUGUAUCAUCAUCCUAGUUUAGGGUUUUUAGCUCGCUAGUUCACUUUUUUUUGUAAUGUUUUGUCAGUCGGACGAUAGAAUAUAUAUUUGUAGUUGUUUAAUGU